AAUUUCAACACGAAUUAUAAAAUAAGACUUUUCAGUUUUUGAAAUCUCAUAAGAAAUGAGCAGGCCCAGAAUUUUCGUUACUAGACCAAAUUUUCCUGAAAAUGGGAUCCGUAUGUUACAAGAGAAGUUCGACGUGGAGUUGUAUCCCCAUUCCGAAGCAGUGUCAAGGGACUACCUGUUGCAACACAUCAAAGGGGCGAGUGCUUUGUUCUGCAUCUCUACCGACAAGAUUGACAAGACUGUGCUGGAGGCAGCAGGUUCACAGUUGAAAAUAAUAGCAACGUUAUCCUUGGGAUUUGAGCAUAUAGAUGUUGUAGAAUGCAAGAAGAGGAACAUCGUCGUCUGCAACGCCCCUAAUCCAAUUUCAGUUUCAUGUGUUGCUGAGUUUACAGUUGGUUUACUUUUGGCUGUAUCCAGAAAAAUAGUUGAGGCUUCCGGAGCCAUUCAAAGGGGAGAGUGGACCGAAACGUGGACUCCCGACUGGUACGUGGGAAGAGGUUUAACGAAUGCGGUUGCUGGUAUUGUCGGAAUGGGAAGGAUAGGUAGAGCCAUUUUCCAACGACUGCUGCCUUUUGGAGUUUCAAAGGUUCUCUAUCACGAUCUAUUCCAGCCUAUAGCUGAGGCCGAGGAGGCUGGAGCUGUCUGUGUCCCCCUCGACGUAUUGUUGAAGGAGUCGGACUACGUGAUCGCCACCUGCAACCUGACGGAUCAAAGCAGAGGCAUGUUCGACAAAAAAGCAUUCUCACUCAUGAAAAGCAGCGCUGUCUUCAUCAACACCAGCCGAGGAGGUGUCGUCGACCAAGAAGCCUUAAUAGAAGCUUUAAGAGAAAAGCGCAUUAAAGCCGCUGGCAUUGAUGUUAUGUAUCCUGAACCCUUGCCACGGGAUCAUGAAUUGAUGACGUUACCCAAUAUUGUUGUGACUCCGCACAUAGCAGCGGCAGAAGAAACCGCGAUGAAGCGGCUGAGCUCCCUGACGGCAGAAAAUAUCAUCGAAGUGCUGGAAGGCCGCCAAGCUUUGACUCCGGUUUACUGAGAGAUAAGCACCAGACCGAAAUUCCUGAAACACUUAUCCUCUUCAAGCUCACACAAGUGUUUACCGCUCGCAAAUAAAGUUCUGAUAAUUCUGUAGUGUAUAUUGAUCA